AUGCCUCGUCCGCUAGGGAACGAAAGUCAAGUUGAUAUGAUAUCGAGUACCUCAAUUUUCUUGGAUUCCACGCACUGCGCUUCUCUUACCUCCGCACAAGCAGCGAAUAUCCUCUUCGGUCGACAUCUUUACCCACGGUACAUUGAAUGGCAAGCCACGAUUAGCGACCCCGAUCAAGUUCGCUUCUACGAUUCGGCAGAGAGAUACGUUCUUAUCCGCAACUCAGUGUUCGACACGGCGAUUGGAAAUUUACCCCACCCCGAGCACUUCAAGGCCUUUAUGAACCGGAUCAAGCUAGAACUCUACACGAAUGAUCGACAGAUUGGAGAUGGAGAGGGGGGAAGAACAGGGGAAGGCACAGAGACAGACAUGCCGGUGCUAACCGUAGCGAAUAUCUGCGGCCAUUCAAUCCAUCCAGGCAACCCAGCUGGCACGGCCCAAGUUUGUCCCGUGUGCAUCAUACGCGAAUGCGUUGCUUCUCUCCUACGGAUAGCUUGCCUCUGGCGAUGCCUCGGUGGGCCUCACGGGCGGCUGUCGGAAAACUUCUCACGCUCUAAAUUAUACAAUUGUGUGAAGAAGAUAUGGCAUGCGGAGAAGAACCGGUGGUCGAACUUGGUCUUCAUGUAUAGCAAGUUUGCGGUGCGGGAACGCGAAUGGGAGGAACAACACGAGCGGCUGGGAUUUGCUACUCCGGACGUGGUCAAGGAAGCUAAGAGCUGUACAAUGGCACUUGAAAUUGCAACACGGAGUCCGUUUCUAGCGGAGGGAUGGGACGAUGACUUCGUGCCUGCGGAUAGGGGAAUAAAUUCUCGGACUCGCGCAUCUGGAACAAGGGAGCGAGCAACCUCUGAGGGUGCGGAGCUUCUCUGUUCGCCACCUUACUGUCCAGCGUCAUCCGAUGAAGGACCUUUGUUGAAAAGCCCAGGGCAAUGCGAGGAGAAAGUUCUCCCUCUCACGCAACAUCCCCACGAGCAACCCCCACAGUUGACUGGGGAGAGAGAAGACACGGUCAUUCUGUCCCCCACGAGCAACACCCCGAUUCUUCCACCCUCGCCCUGCUCUUCACACCCAAGUGUUUCUUCCGCACAGUCAUCAUCAGAAUACGUCCCGUCGCCUGCCCCUCCUCCAUCGCCCUCAUCACCAGCCCACACCCCCCCGAAGCAACGCAAACAUGUAACCUUCGCAGCAGACGUUAGCGAACUCGCCACGCGCCCGUCGUCCAGCUUCCGGAGGAAAUCUGUGACCUACACGCGAGGACGACAUGCGAGUCCAGAGGGAACGUCAUGGGAGGAUACUAGUUUCUACAAGAACGCCAUGUUUGACCUUUUUGACAGCGGGGAAGACGAGGCUGAUGAGGUCGACGAGGACGAGUUGGAGAGGCUGAUCAAAGCUCAAUUUACCAGCGAGAAUGCACCUGAUGUGGAAGAAGAACAAGUGGAGCAGCAACAGCAGCAGGCCCCCAGCGGGGACGAAGAUGGCGAGUUUGACCUCGAAGACGAUAUCGACGCUGCGAUGCUGGGUCUUGGUGACGACGAGAAUCACACUGCACUACCAUCAGCCGAUACGAAUCUACCCCGAAGCGAUAGCCACGACGGCCCAACGCAAACCGCAAAUGGUAGUAUACUAGCCGAAGUCAACGUCCAAGGGCCCUCACGCCGUCGGAAACGCGAGGAGUUUGAGAGCGAUGCUGAAAGGCUUACCGCAGAGAGCGAGGCAAAGAGGCACUGCCCCUGA